CUUACGAUCUACGAUACGAUUUGGCGUGGCCGCCAUACACUGCUCUUCCCAGUUCUGCCAUGGAGGUAUUCACGAUUUGUCAUAGCCUACUAUAGUAUUAGUAUUAUGUCAGCAUCGCACACAAGUAAACGUGGCUGUCCCUCUGCAUCUGUAUCGAAUGGCAAUCAUACAAAUCAAAGUCCAUCCACGCCUGCCAAGAAGAAAUUAGCUACCAGCCAAACAAGGUCGUCAAGUUCUCCAUCUCUAUUGCCUACAACAUCACCGCAACAUUCAGGCCUGCCACAAGCCAAAAGAUUGUUUAACACCCCAACCAAGUCAACCACACAAAGUCAAUCACCAGCUACUUCCAACCCAGCAUCUCCCUCUACUGACAAAACAAAAGAUGACUCGUGGCAAGACGCUAUUUUUGCCGGCAUGUACUAUGUAAUGAGCGGGCAACAUGCUGAAGGCAAAGCCAAGGUUGAGAAAGGCGUACGUGUAAUAAAGCAAACAUUAUCCCAGGUAACCUUCAAGUCCAGCUUUCAACUCAGUGCUGAACAGGAUGCACAUGACACUACAAAGGCCGAGCUUUGUUCUGCCCACAAAAAAGAACUUUACACACAUCAAAAACUUAUGGCGGCUAACAGAACCAUCGAGCAGUUAAAUCGCAAGAUACUUUCCCUACAGCAAGAACUUGACCAAGCUGAGGACACAAUUUGCUCUCAAUUUGAUGCACCAGAAACAGCAGACAACAAUGCUGAAAACCCCCAAGACAUCGAAAUCGAUUCUAACAAUGAGACAACCGAAUAAUUCAUAGAUUCAUAUUAUCCAUUUAGUCCUACCCCAAACCUCCAAUACUUGGAUAUCAAAACUCCUAAAGUGCCACCUGCAGGUAAAAAUACAUCCAACUUCGAUUCACCCUCAGUCCAGGCGCUGCCAGCCAAUUACCAAAUGCAGAUAAGGAGUCAAGGUUCACCAUAGCCUAGAUCGAGGUCACAUCAAUGGUAAUUGUUGUCCAACAUAGUUCAUAUUUACCAGCUAGGUGGCACUCUACGAGUUCAGAAAACCAAGUAUUGCAGAGAAGAACUGUAGGUGAAAUUUCCAGAUUAAAAAGGGCAGGACAGUCGUUGUCAUGUCGUACUUGUACAGUAAAAAUCCAGUAUGAAAUAAAAGGCGAGACCACUGAUUUUUGUCCACUAUACACAAAAAGGUAAAAGCAAUGCAAAUUGAAUAAAAAUUUGUCACAUGGGAUUUAAUAUUUUGGUACAACAACAGUUGCUUCGACGCACAAUACACUGCCCUCUAUAAUCUGGCAAUUACAACCACAGUACUUCCCAGUACAUGUAUUUAGAUUCUAUAUUUUGCCAUAUACUUUUGACAUUAACUGUUAAACCCUUACAGUUCAAUUACUGCAAAAGAAUGAGGGUCUUAUUGCCAUAUCAUAGAGGGCAAGGAAGUUCCUUCAGUGCUACAAAUCAUACCAAUGACAACACUGCCCUCUAUAAUAUGGAAAUUCGACACACAGUACAACCACGUAUUUAGAUUCUAUAUUUUGUCAGAUAUUUUUGAUACAAUGCAUAUUGCCAUCAACCAUUAAACCUCUACCCACCAAUUACGGGGAAGUGCUGAGGGUGAGAUUGCCAUAUCAAAGAGCAGGCCUUUCAAUUGCAUAAUUUGGGCUGAAUCCAGAUUGUCUGCGUUUGGGCUUUUUGGUCACAAAACCCAUAAAUUUGGGUGCAUUCGGGCACUUUUGUCACCCAAUUGACUAGUUGAUACUUGCACACAUUCACCUACAAAACAAGGAUUUGAGGAUUCCAGGUAUCAGAAGGCCAUUUGGGAUGAGAUUUGGCCAUUUUAGGUGCCAGAAAGGCUUCAGUGGGGUCAUGUUACGAGCAGGGGGGGGGGGCACUGUGUGUGUGAUAACCGUAUUAUAGAAGUAAAGACAGUCCCUUCAAUGGCUUGUUCAUUCAAAUGACCACACUGGCAGUUUCACACACAGUGCAUCCCAGUACAAAGCGUAAAGUACUUCUCCAAACACUGGCAAUAAUUGAAAAGCCUGAUGAGGGCAGGAAAGAUGCAUCAAUGCAUAACAUAUACCAAUAGUCACAGUGACCUCCAUAGUCUGGCAAUUACACCCACAGUACUUCCCUAUACCUAAAUUCUAUAUCUCCACAUAUAUUUUUGAUAAAAUGCAUUUUGUAUAUCCAAUUAGUCAUUUUGUAUAUUCAAUUAGUCACAAUCAUACCCUCCACAUACUGGCAAGUACAAAGAACUCUAGUCAUUAAUUCGGGCAAUGCUGCAAAUUACACAGGAGUACUGUAUAUCAGAUUACGCGAUUUUAGGGAGCAGGACCGUCAUUUCAUAGCAUAACAAAUACUAAUGACGGCACUGCCCUCUAUAAUCUGACACACUUUACUUCCGAAUAAGGCCACACUUUUUCAUUUUAUCCCUGCAUCCAUAAAUCUACAGUGCUGAUCGGCCUCAAGCAAUUUUGUGUCAAUUUUACACUAUGGCAUUCAUUUCUUCCCUCCUUCACCCUACCUCCAGAAACAAAUCUGUAAACCAUAAAAUAAAAAAGGUGUGGCCUAACUUUACUAACAAGACUACAUAACUUGUACCAAAAACACAUUUCCUUGUCAUCUGUACUCUUACCAAGCAAUAAAGGCAUGAAAAGUGAAAACAACCUUCUUCCUCUUUCCAGUAACCAAACCCAAUUCAAAUAAAAGCAUGGCCCAAGGCAAGAAAGGCACCGCUAAGAGUCCCAAGAAACUUAGAGCACACAAUAAAAUGCGACGGCAAGGAACUCGGAUAUCGACACCAUCGGCAUUUGCCAGUCCCACCCCAUCAACUUCAGUGCCAAAUUCUUCAACACCAACUACGAUUACGAACCCGUUGCUUUCUAAAUACUUCCAGAACUAUGGCAAAUUACAAAAACAACAUUCUGCCAAUCAGUGUCACCAUUUUGGAACACUAGUGCCAGACAAUAAGUCCCAUACCACCAAAAAACGUAUUCAGGAAAGAACGGCUACCCUAGCAUGUCAACCCCCAGAAAUUCCAGGACCACCAGCAGUACCUUUGAAUGAACUACCUUGUAAAAAGCAACGCACCCAUGUUCCAGAAGCAACACUUGCACAAGGAAAUGAACCCCCUGCUAAAAGAAUACGUACUCAAUCUACAGUUGCAGCAGAGGCACCAACAGUUCAAACGCCUCCUAAAAGGAAACAAACAGAGGUCCCUAAGGCAGAUGUAUCACCUGCAAUAGAACCUCCUGUUAAAAGGAAACGAAACCUUGUAGCAGAAGCAGCAUCCAAAAGACUAAUCUAUGCAAAACAUGCUGCACAUGCUAUUCAUAAGCGCCAAACAUCAUUGGCCAACUACCACAAAAAGAAACCAGUACAGACUCCAGAAAAAAACA